ACUAUUUGCUUCAAACCACAGUCCUCCUGAUCUCUGCCUCCUGAGUAGCUAGGAUUACAGGUAUGAGCCACUAACGCCUGGCCAGAACACACCUCCCUUAGGAUUGGUGCUAACACGUGGUUUUCACACAGUACACUGCUUAGCAAGUUUGGCUACUGGGCUAUUUGUGAGCUGCAUAGUUUCUGUUCCUUAAGCUGGUGGCUCAGUCUGUUGGUUCUCGCUCUGAGAUAGUGGUAGCCUUUCCUCUUUUUAAUCCUUAGGAUUGUGCCUUUGUCAGUGAGUGAUCAGAGAGGAGACAGAACAGUAGGGAGGCCUCUUCCAUGGAGAGAAUGUGGUUGCUGCUGGAGGAAGGAAUGAGAGGGGAUGGGAAUUAGAUCACUUACCUGUGGGGUCCUGUCUCCCCUCCCCUGGGAAAUGGGCCUGCUGUCCUCAGUGCAUGCUGCCUACUUAGGGUUUUGCUUUCUUUAUGAGCUCUGGCUUAACACGGCAAGGCUACCUGAGCAUCUGCUGUUAUCUUUUUGAGCAACAUUUUCAUUCCUGUGCUCCCUGGAAUUUUGUUCACCAGGCACACCGGCAACUUCAUAGUCAAGUCGCGCAGAAACCUCAGUUCAGUCUGACUGCAGCCUGUGACAUUAAUGUGCUCAUUCUUUGUGUGCCUGGUGGCCUCCUUUUGCCUCAAGACAACCUGGAAGGCUCUGCAGGUGAUGUUAUGGGGGACCAUCUGCCAGAUGGUGGUGGUGCCGGAGCAAAAGCAGAACAUCACAGGAACAGAGAGGAAUGGGUCUGCAGCUAACAAGGCCACUUGCGGGACUUCAUCUGCAGACCCAGGAAUCCUGUUGAAGGCUGGUGAUGAGGGUGGCAGGCCAAGGUCACCUGACAGUUGUAUGAGGCACUUGUGCAGUGAGUUGUAACAUUUUUCUCUUGUCCCAGCUGUGUGGACAGUGCCACACGCCCUGCUGAACAACGACGGCUCUUGUGUGCAUUUUCCAGUGUUUCUUUUGUCAGAGAGUCCAGCAAAGCCGCAGCUCUUCCAGUGCCAGCCCUGAGCUGAGUGAGGAGCGCCCAGCAGAGAUGGUGAAAAUGACCAAAUCCAAAACCUUCCAAGCUUAUCUGCCGAACUGUCACCGAACAUACAGCUGUAUCCACUGCAGAGCCCACCUGGCCAAUCACGACGAACUGAUCUCCAAGUCCUUUCAGGGAAGUCAGGGACGAGCCUACCUCUUCAACUCUGUGGUGAAUGUGGGCUGUGGUCCUGCUGAGGAGAGGGUCCUCCUUACUGGGCUGCACGCAGUCGCGGACAUCUACUGCGAGAACUGCAAGACCACGCUUGGGUGGAAAUACGAACAUGCCUUUGAAAGCAGUCAGAAAUAUAAGGAAGGAAAAUUUAUUAUUGAGCUGGCCCACAUGAUCAAAGACAAUGGUUGGGAGUAAAGCGGAAGCUUUCCAUUCCCUUUUGAAUACUAUUUUGAGAGAGACUGUGAAUGUAACGGAGACACAGCAUCCUGGAUGACAGUGUUUCCUGAACUUCAACCUUGCAGGCUAGCCAUGCUCCCACACACAAAGGCCUCUGGGCCAUCUUCUUGGGGCAGACGCAGGCUGUUGGGUGAGACUGGAUGGGCAGAUGGACAGAAGCCUGAAGGCAGCUGGAAGUUCGCCGUGAGGAACAGGACUGCCAGGAUCAAGCACAUGUGCAGC